AUGGAAAAGGGUAUUCUUCCCUUUGGGACCCGCCAGGAGGAAAAUACUAUAAACGAUGUUAUUGGAAGUAACAGGGUGGCUGGAAGAAGAUGUGGAGACUUGACUUCGGCACCUAUUCAACCUGAUAUUCAGGGACAAUCUUACGGAAGAUACGAAGACUAUAAAUCUAACGACAAUUCAGCUUACGAAAAUUUUUCCCGAAACGAAGCGAUACAGUACCCUAGGGAAGUUACUGAAACCAAGCCCUCUACUGAAAAUAACUUCGAACCAAGCAGAAGAUAUGAAAACACGACUUUUUCAGCCCCUCAGCCCCCUACUCUAAGCCAACCGAGCCGGAAUUAUGAAGAUGAUUUAAAAGCUAUCAGUAAUGGAACUUUCUUCCGGAAUGAUUCGCUUCAGUCUCCUGGAGAAGGUGGCUCCAGGUUGCUUAUGGAAAAAGUUGAGCCUAAUUCCGAACCGAGCAAUAAUUCACAAAAUUUGAGUUCCUUAGCCGCUUAUCCUGAAGGUCAGGGCCAACCGAGUCGAAAUUAUGAAGUUGAUUUUAAAGCUAUCAAUAAUGGAACAUUCUUCCGGAACGAUUCGCUUCAGUCUCCUGAGGAAAAUUCCCGAAUACCUUCGUAUAAGGCAGCUACCCUCCCUUCUGAACAUAACUUUAGCAACACGAGCAACUCGUCCAAAGUUGAAAAUAUAAUUCGUCACUACAGUGGUCCCUUCACCAACGAAAUCGGACCUACCAGAGCUGUUCCUGGUAGAUUUGGGGAAUUUCCGUCAACAAAUAGACCUUUUGGUCCAACGACAUAUCCUAAAAGAUAUGAAGAAUACGAACCAGCUAGAACUCCAGCAGAAGUUGAAAGCCAUCCCAGCGAAAGAUAUGAAGAUAUCAAAUCAACGAAUAAUGUGAUUGAAGAAAGGAAAUAUCCUAUGGAAAGCGAAAAUCGGUAA